UGAGGACAUAACGUGAUGAUCAGAGUGGACAGCGGACACACAGGAAGACAGACGGACGGGCAGAUAGACGGUCCACCUGAACAUGGAUCACCUGUCGGUACUGGUGCUGGUGCUGGUGCUGUGGAGCUCAGCAUCCGAGCCUCCCACCAUCGCCCCAGAGCUGACCUGUGCCACUGGUAAUGGUGAAAUGUACCGAGGCAGGAUUGCUGUGACUGAAUCUGGCAAAACAUGCCAGAGCUGGUCGGCUCAGACGCCUCACCAACAUGACAGAACGCCAGAGAACUACCCCCACAAAGGCCUGGAUAACAACUACUGUCGUAACCCUGACAAUAAGAAGAUGCCCUGGUGUUACACCACUGACUCUGAAACCCGCUGGGAGCACUGCAAGGUGCCAAGAUGUGACACAGGGAGAUUUUGUAAAUUGAGCGGCGUCUGCCCUGAGCAGCAGCAAGAUGAAUCUCCCCACAGAGUCCAGGGGUCCAUGUCAUUGGUCCGACAUCCCAUUAGUCGGACGGUCCGCGGUGCUGAACGGCUCCCGGCGGACAUAAUUCUGCCUUGA